CGAGAUUGAACAAUUCGGUUCUUUAAGUUCCGCCUGUCUUGUUCUUCUAACUAGAAUUUUACUGACUGCGAUCGCCGAAAAUAUAAACUAGUUCCUCAUUAAAAGCUUUAAUAUUAAUAGUACGGAUCUUACAAAACUGGUACAUUAUAAAUAUAAGCCACUUGCGUCCGAUCAUUAAUUUCUUGUCCCUCGUUGAUGUUUUGUGUGGCACCAGAGGAAGAAGACUUUUCGAAAGUUUGAAAACAAAAAAAAAUUAGAUUGGAGAAAAUAAUGGCCGCCAACAUGUACCGUGUGGGAGAUUGUGUGUACUUUGAAACGUCCAGUGCAGCGCCCUAUCAAAUAAGAAGGAUAGAGGAACUUUGCAAAACUCCUACAGGCAAUGUUGAGGCAAGGGUUAUGUGCUUUUAUCGAAGAAGAGACAUUUCUCAGAAUUUGGUUUCAUUGGCUGACAAACAUCAAAAUGUACAUUUCAAAAUUACAGUUGGGGGAUCUGAGGAGGAAAAUGGCACCAUUGUAGUUGCUGCUAAGGAGGAAUUAAAUGAAAAACAGAGGCACCAGUUGAGACACAGAGAACUCUUUCUCUCUCGACAGUGUGAAACCUUGCCCGCUACUCACAUAAGAGGCAAGUGCAACAUUACCCUUCUCAACGAAACGGAAUUCUUCUCAUCAUACCUAAACAGAGAUGAUACAUUCUUUUAUUCCUUGGUGUAUGAUCCAACGCAAAAAACAUUGCUGGCCGAUCGAGGCGAGAUCAGGGUUGGCCCCAGAUUUCAAGCUGACCCAACAACUCUACUCAAGAAAGGUGAAAAUGAUGGCAGAAAUUUGUCCGACCUCGAGGACCUCAUCUGGGAUCCAUCCAACAGUCUCACUGAUAAACAAAUUGAAAACUUUCAAAUUGUGGCCAGAUCCGUUGGCACAUUUGCACGUUCAUUGGACUGUUCAUCAACUGUCAGACAGCCAAGUCUCCACAUGAGUGCUGCCGCUGCCUCCAGGGACAUCACACUGUUCCAUGCCAUGAACCUUCUGCACAAGAACAACUACGCCAUUGCCGAUGCCAUCUCUGAUCUGAUCCCAAGCACAGGACCAGUGCUCUGCCGGGACGAGAUGGAGGAGUGGUCAACCUCCGAAGCCAAUCUCUUUGAAGAAGCUCUCGACAAAUAUGGCAAGGACUUCAUUGAAAUCAGAGCUGAUUAUCUUCCGUGGAAGAGUCACAAAUCUCUGAUAGAAUAUUAUUACAUGUGGAAAACUACUGAUAGAUACAUCCAGCAGAAACGAAUCAAAGCUGCAGAGGCAGAGAGCAAAUUGAAGCAAGUUUACAUACCAAGCUACAACAAACCGAAUCCAGCUCAAGUUCCAGACAAACCAGAUGGCAGACCCUGUGAAAGCUGCUACACCUCUUCUUCGAAUCAAUGGUAUUUGUGGGGACCUGCUGUCAUGCAGUGCAGAGUCUGCUCGUCGUGCUGGGUUUACUGGAAGAAAUAUGGAGGACUGAAGAUACCCACAAAUAACAACAAUCAGAAUAGUAGUAACAGCGGCAACAACAGUCAUCAUCACAGUCAGAAUAGCAACCAUCAUCAUCACCAGAAUAAUGCCAAUGCUAACAACAAUAACGCUAGCAACAACAUUGAUAAACAUGGACACAGUAGCAACACAACAGCUUCCAAAGUUUUCAAGUGCACUGUUCAGGGUUGUGGAAAGACUGACUUCAGAUCAAAGGCCAACUUGCUGCAGCACUUAUCAUCUGUGCAUGGAAUGUCAAUGACCUCCAACAGUCCGUGUCCAGUCAUGAAGACCAGAGCUGCUUUUUGUCUCAUCACCACCCCACUCACUCGCAUCUCAAGACAGAUAUGCAAGAGUUCAUUGGACAUGAGGAGAGCCUGCAGGAAACCUUUCCAUCUCAUCAACACGGCUCUUGUCAAGCAAGAAUGUCAACAAAGACUGCCCGAGCUGAUGUCGAAGCUGCGCAUGUUGAAAUCUCGUCAGCGCAUUCCCAUGGAAAAGGUGUCGGCCAAGUUAGGAAUCGACACGAAAAUGGACAAGCCAAGUCUUCUACACCAUCACAGCUCAAAGGUUCUUGGUCUGAAUGGCGACACGAACAGUGGCGCAAGUGGUGCAGUAGAGAGAGGUGGCCAGUCUAAGAAGAGAGCUCGUGAUAAUGAUGAUGAAGGCAUGCCACCGGCAAAGAUGGCUCCACCCCUGGUCGCCGCCCCAUCGUUAGCACCCUCAUCAUCAGCAGCAGCAGCACAACUGUCAUCAUCUUCAUCACAACCUGCCACCAGAACAGGAUCAGUGGUCAAACAGAGCCAACCAAAAAUGCGGGGAUCAACAAUCAACAGACUGAAUCAACAUCAACAACAACAAAGUAGCAACAACAGUACAACCAAUGCAAACAACAACACAUCGAAACAACAAGGCAGAUAUCGACAACACAGCACUUUUGAAGCUUUAGAGGACAUUUUCUUUCAUGCUACUGAAUCAGUCAAGCAAGUGAGAAAGCAGAUGACGACUCAAGAUUUUAAGAAAGGAGGGAGGAAACCGUGGAGACCCAUAUCGCUCCAACAAUCAUCGUCAUCUCAACCACUGCCAUCUUCAUCUUCGUCGUCAUCAUCACUACCAUCGAGCAGUCAGACCAGUGGAGAUGAUGGUGCCGCAUCAAAUGCUGGCAUAGUGGUACUGGAUUGAUCGAUAGUACAGAUGAGUACACACACACACCUGUCUAGCAGUUGUACUUCAAGCUCUAUCUGCUAACAAUUUGUAGACUGAUUGACAUUUUUUUCCUUUAAUGUCUUUUGUUUAAUUGUUAUUUAUAUUGGUUAAUAUAAUUUUGAAUUUUUUUACUGAUUGGAAUCGUUUUACAGCUGGUGUAUUUUGAGGCAUUGUUGUCGGGUGAUUGAUUAAAUUUAUUGAAAGAUUCCAUACAAAGUU